UCAACCCGCGCGAAACAAUGGAAAUGCAAAGUCGUUGUUAAAUCAGUUACAGCAUCACAAAGUCGUACAAUGUUAUGUGCAUUCGGUUUAGAUGGUUUUUGAUAGUGUUUUAUUUAUUUUUUUACCCAUUUGACUAAAUAAUACGUUAUAUUCGUGAUCAGCUAAUUUAAAGUAUUCGCUAAUUUUCUGUUUUAUCGUGUGAACAAUAUGCUGCAAAAUAUUGACUUGGCGAACCUGGAGUUCGAAGCACAGCUUGGUACUAAUUGUUAUGGAGGCCACGUGUGCCUGUUCCGCAACAAGAAAGACAAACGUAGCCGUCGCAUCGUGGUGAAAUCCAUCCCAUAUAACAGCCCGGACUAUGCCUACCAGGCGGUACUCAAAGAGCACACCAUCCUAUCGCAGAUCAAUCACCCGCGCAUCCUUCGCUACUUUGGAUUCUUCCAAACCGAGGAUUCGUGGAACAUGCUGACGGAGUUUGCUGAACGUGGCAAUUUGGCCAAGUUUUUACAACGGCGCUCGCAACGGAACGAGUUUCUAUGUCAACGGUCGGUGAUGGCCAAGUUUGCCGACAUGGCCGAAGCCCUGCUGUAUCUCCACCAGCGAAAAGUUAUCCAUCGUGAUCUGAAACCGGAGAACGUUCUAAUUGACGCAGAUAACCGACUGAAGUUGGCCGAUUUUGGGAUAGCAAAAAUUUUCACAAAUGUGGUGCCAGAGGACCAGCUGAAUAUGACUAUUGUAGGCACUCCGCUAUACAUGGCUCCUGAAGUGGCCAGUGGAAAACCGUACGAUUAUAAAAGCGACAUCUGGCCUCUGGGAAUCAUUUUCUAUGAAUUGUGCAUGCUGGAACAUCCGUUUGUGGACAACUGCUUAGCUAUAGGAAAGGACGGUAAAGAACGAUUCGUAACGCCGAAGAUAGACUGUUCCGGAAGGGGAUAUCUAAACGACAUUCAGACGCUUUGCGAGAUGAUGUUCCAAGUGGAUCCGAAAAAACGCUGGACGUUAGAGAAGAUUUUAAAGCAUGAGCCGUUUAUUCGACUGAUGAAGAGGGAGAUGUGAUAUCCAAGAAGGUUAAAGGUGGGUUCUGAUUUUGUAUAAUUUAUUUGAAGAAUGUAUCACAUUUCUUAGCGUUUAAUCUAAAGAAUGUCGAAAAUAGCCUGUCUUUGAGAAGAAGUGGAUCUAAAAUAAACAUAGUUUUACAGAAAUCAACUUCUAACGGUGGUGUUAAAAGCUUUGGCAUUUCUUUAUCUCAACAACAAAAACAGAACAGAUUCAGAAGUUAAAAUUGAAAAUUUAACCAUGACAACAGGUAAA